CAAAAAAAACACAAACGAAAAAGCCAGAAGUAGAAAGAAACAAAACUAGUCGACUGGAUUGUUUUGUGCUGUUUUAUCUGAUGUUUCAAACGAAGGCAUAAUGAUUCGCCGACAGGCUCGACUUCGCCGGGAGUAUCUCUAUCGAAAAUCUCUGGAAGAUCAGGAGAAGAGAACUCAUGACAGAAAAAAGGCGUUGAAAGCCGCCUUAGAUAGCGGCAAACCAAUUCCAACGGAGCUGCGCCAGGAAGCAGAGGCCAUCCACAAGUCGGUCCAAUACACGGAUGCUGACAGAGAAGAGGUUCAUGAUCAUGUUGAUGAUGAGUAUGCCUUUGCCGGUGUGGAAGACCCGAAGCUCGUCAUUACGACUUCACACGACCCCAGCUCAAAGUUGAAGCAAUUCUGCAAAGAAAUGUGCCUCGUAUUUCCCAACUGCCAGCGGUUGAAUCGAGGUAAUCACGUCGUCGGGCAAUUGGUGGAGGCAUGUCGUGCCAACAACGUGACCGAUCUGAUCAUCGUUCACGAGCAUCGUGGCGAACCUGAUGGCCUUGUCGUGUCUCACCUGCCCUUUGGCCCAACUGCCUCCUUUACGUUGAGUGAUACUGUCAUGCGCCAUGACACUGAGGGCAAGGAGAAGAUGUCGCAGGUUUUCCCCCACCUUGUGUUUGAUGGCUUCAGCUCCAAGCUUGGCAGCCGGGUGAAGGACAUCCUCAAGUACCUCUUUCCUGUCCCGAAAGAGGAUAGCCGUCGGAUUAUCACGUUCUCAAACGAUUCAGACUACAUUUUGUUCAGACAUCAUACGUACAAGAAGAAGGAUGGGAAGACUAUUGAGCUGGACGAGGUUGGGCCCCGCUUGCAAAUGCGAUUGUUUCAAAUUCGCUUGGGUACAAUCGACCAGACAGACGCAGACAUGGAGUGGAAGCUUCGUCCGUACAUGAAUACGGCAAAGAAACGCAAACACCUCAGCACCACCGAGGACUAGGCAGAAGCAGUGGCCAUCGACACGUGCUGUUACUACGCUCCUGUAUAUAUAACUUACUGUGUACAAAGUAUAUUCCUUGUAUAUACAUCUUAGAACGUUAUGGGGAUUGGUGCUUCUCCUGCCCUAUGACUGCUUGUACAUACCGUAAUGAUUAUGUACACAAUCAUGUACAUGUAUCUCCCUUUCUUCCUCUCUCCUCUCUCUCUGGACUUGUGAAGUCAAACUUGUCCUUUGAAAUGGUUUUGUAUAUAAUUUGGAAUAAAAUCAAGAUAGAGAUUACGAAGAACUGUUAAAACGAAUGAGACUUA